AUUGUCCAGACGGAAGAAGAGCAGCCUCAAACCGGGACCCUCCACACGAUGCUCUCAACAACUCUGGAAUAAAGAAAACCUGGAACUAAUCAGGGCUGAGGUUAAACAGGUCUCUCCACCUCAGCGGAUGACAAGAUCCCGGGCUGCAACAUUUGCUAAAAGCUCAGAGAUCCUUCCUGAGAUCCCUCCUCUUCAGCAAGCGAAAGGGAAGGUUCCCUUAGUAGAAUUGGAUGUCAACAGUCACGUUAGUGCUGACCUACACGUCCAGAAAGCGGCAUCUAAACCAGCGGAGAAGCUCUCCACGACCAUCCUCCUGAGCCCAGAUGAUGGUUCUCCCAAGGAAAGCGAGGCUGCCAAAUCGCCGCCUGUGCCCGCGGCCUCUGAGCUGGUGGUCCCUUGUACCCCUGAGGCGAGCGCUGCAAGAGAAAGCGAGGCUGCAGCUAAGUGGAACACAGCAGAGGCAGCUAAUGCUACUGUCAUUUUAAGCGAAGAGCCCAGGCUGGAGGAGGUAGAUGACUCCCUCCAGGUGCUAGCGGGGCCUGACAAGGAGCCUUCCCAGUACACAAGGGAUAGCCCAGGGACUCCGACGGGCUCUAGGCUCAGCCGCCGCUCUGUCCGCAGAAGUCUGAUGGGUAAAACUUCCAUGACUCGCAGAACCUCCUUGGCAGAGAAGUACUCCCUAGCCAGGAAGAGGGAAAGCACAAUCCGGAAAUCUGUCACCAGGACAAUGGUCAAGAGGAAGGCAGCUCAAAAGUCAUCCGUGUCAUCCGAUCGCGUGGGUGUCUCCAGCUCUGGAGAGGUGCCAGAGGACGAAGAAACAGUUGUCAAAACUGGGCCUCCUUCUGGACCUUGUACCCCCUCCAAGCAGGAUGGCCAAAGCCUGCGAAUGUCCCUUCGCUCUCGAACCGUCAGCAGAAACGAGCAGCCGCAGGAGACGAGCAGCAACGAAAACAACUUAAAUAAGAACGUGGAGACCCAGGAACCUCCCCAGAGUGCCAGGAGAAAGCCCAGUUAUAAGAGAGCUGUGGAUAAACGCUAUGACAGUCAGCAAGCAGAAGAUGGAGGGCUUUCUCCUCCAAGAAGAAAGACCCCAUCCCCUGCCUUCCCAGCCAGCAAAGUUGUGCGUCCUUUCAAAACGUUUUUGCACACUGUGCAGAAGAACCAGCUCCUCAUGACGCCAAGCUCUGUGGGGAGAAACGGAGUAAUAAAAUCUUUUAUCAGGUACAAUACUCCUCUCCAGUCUAAUCCCAAGGAAUGGGAGAGACAGAAGCUGCAGGCUCUGAGGAAAAAGCAGGAAGCUGAGCAGCUGAGAAGACAAAAACUGGAGGAGGAGAAGCAGCGGCGCCUAGAAGAGGCAAGGCUGAAGCGUGAGGAGCGCCUGCGCAAAGUGUUGCAAGCUCGGGAGCGGGCAGAGCAGAUCGAACAGGAGCGGAAAAGGCGCAUUGAGCAGAAGAUCGCUCUGUUUGAUGAGAAGACUGAGAAGGUGCGGGAAGAAAGGCUGGCAGAGGAGAAGAUCAAAAAGAAAGCAGCUGCCAGGAAAAUGGAAGAAGCAGAGGCCCGGCGCAGGCACGAUGAAGAGGCCAGGAAACAAAAAGCCCUGCAGCAGGAGGAGGAGGAACGUCGGCACAAAGAGCUAAUGCAGAAGAGGAAGGAAGAGGAGCAGGAACGUGCCAGGAAGAUUGCUGAGCAGAGACAGGCGGAACAGGAGAGGGAGAAACAGCUGGCUGCAGAGAGAGAGCUAGAGAGGAAGAAGGAACAGGAGAGGAUCCAGGCAGAGAAGCUGCGUGAACAGCAGGAGAAGGCUGCUCGCCUGCAGGAGGCGUCGGCUGCUAAAGAACAGCUGCACAAGGAGGUGGAGAAGAAUGAACAGGAGGAGCAGAGGCUGGCAGAGAUGAAGAGGCAGGAGCAAGAACAGAAGAAACUGCCAGAGGAACAAAAGGCUAAAGAUAGAGCCCAAACUCAGCACCUAGAAAACAAAGAGGAUUCGCCGGCCUGCAAUUCGUACCAGAUGACUCCGCAGGCCAAGAGAGAUCCCAAGCCGCCCGUGGUCAAUCCCAACAACUACGGGAUGGAUCUGAACAGCGACGACUCCACCGACGACGAAAGCCAGCCUCGCAAGCCCGUCCCUGCCUGGGCCACCGGGGCUCAGCUCAGCCAGGCUGUGACGCGCCAGUACUACAACCCUCCCAACGUGGACGCGCUCUUCGGGGUGAUCGCGAGCCCCAAGCUGGAGGACAUCUUUUACAAGAGCAAACCGCGCUACUUCAAGCGCACCAGCUCUGCCGUCUGGAGCUCCCCGCCGUUCCCGGGGGCCAAGGCGGUUCUGGGGCUGCCGUACGGCCUGAAGAAGUACUGA